CAAAGUUGAAGAUUCACAUAACUGGCACAUUGAAUCAGAGAGACGUCUGGCACGAUGCAGUCUAUUAUCCUGGCCGCGGUUCUGUGUCUUGCAGCAGUGAAUGUCAACGGAGGUCACCGUCAUCACCUGACGUUCGCGGACUUCAUGAAGCACGUGCAGUCGACGUAUGACCUCACUGACCCCAACCUCCUGCUGCUCGGCGAACUCGUCGUGGCUGCUGACGACCACACCCUCAAGGCAGAGAUAGACAGACUCGGCUUCGAAAACGUCGUCAAGCUGCUUCAACAUCUGAAUGACGAUGACGCACACUACUUUGAAAACUAUCUUUUCACAAAUCUUGGAUACAGUCGUAAUCGUUCCGUGAACAAAAGAGCCCGAUUUAGUACCUUCAUGCACUGGCUGGACCACUACGUCAACCACGACAACGACUGGUUUGACGAUCUACCUCAUCACAUACAGAGGAUCUUCAAAGAUGUCAAGGCCGCCGCCCAGUCUUACAGACUGCAACAAUACACCGAUACCCACACCGCCGAGAUACUGGAACUUAUGACGCACUUGAGUGGGACCAGAGCUGAUGAAUUUGAUCAUUUCCUUAUUAAGCAUCUAGAAGCGGAGAAAGCCAUGGCUGCCCAAUCACCAUGAAUUCUGCCACUGAAGACACCAGUUUAUGUAUUAAAUGAAUUUCAUUAAAAUGAUUACACGUCUA